AUGAGCGAGAGACAGCGAUCAGAAAGAAUAUUCGGACGUCUACCUGGCUUGCUUGAGGAGAGACAAACCGACAGGGAGCUAGAGAUGCCGAAGACGCGAAGAGAAGAGGGCGGACUGGGAGACUGGUCGAGUACGGGGACGUUUCUGCGGAAACCGUCCUCGGGCUGGCUGCACGAUGACCACGAGCUCCAGGACCAGUCCUCCAUCAACUACAAGAUCAAGGAGAAGCAUAGCACGGAUGGCAGAGUCUGUGGUAAAAACAUUCAGCACCACAAAAGAGAAAGAUUCCAAAACGCAACUCAACAGACUCUGGGAGGAUCAGGACGGGUAUUCCUGGUCCCCGUCGGAUCUCACUUGGCACUCCACGAGGCAAAGGGCCUCUCCGCGGGGGAACCCCCUUUCGAGUCCCAACCCCCCGGUGGCCGGAAUUUUACUCUUAUCUCCCGUUCGAGUCCCCGCGGACCGCCAGCCGUCGCAACCUCCCCUCCUCCUAAGAAUGCAAAAUGGCUUGUAGCUGAAGAUGAGGAGGCCGCUAUCAACGUACUGGUCAGCAGAUACUUGAUCAAUCCUUACGACUACGAUCCAUCAUGUCCAGUGCUCCAGAGACACGCCGCUUCUUUUCCCUUUCCCUCCCUCCGUGGGGUCUACUUCCGAACUCUUGGAGAGGAUCACAUGUCGUCACAUGAACUGUCGGUCGCUGAGGCGGCUCUGCUUGGGCAAUAUCUCCAUGGCAACGACUACGACGAUCCGCGAACGCACACCACGUCGCACAAGUCCCCUCCACAUCCCCUCACACCUCUGCUCGCACUCUGCCUUCCACAGUUCCUCCACACCUCACAUCCCUCCAGUCCAACGGUCUCCUAG